GGGCGGGCGGGCAGCGGGCACCAUGCAGAGAGGCUGCCAGGGACCGUGGGCAGCGCUGCUCUCUGCCGCCCACCUGGUGCUGUGAGAGGCGCGCUGCCACCAUGUUCCCCAGCCCUGCGCUCACGCCCACACCGUUCUCGGUCAAAGACAUCCUGAACCUGGAGCAGCAGCAGCGCAGCCUGGCCGCCGGGGAGCUCUCGGCGCGCCUAGAGGCCACCCUGGCGCCUGCCUCCUGCAUGCUGGCCGCCUUCAAGCCCGAGGCCUACGCCGGGCCAGAGGCCGCGGCGCCCGGCCUCCCCGAUCUGCGCGCGGAGCUGGGCCCCGCGCCCUCACCCGCCAAGUGUGCGCCUACCUUCCCAGCCGCCCCUGCCUUCUAUCCGCGUGCCUAUAGCGACCCCGACCCCGCCAAGGACCUUCGAGCCGAAAAGAAAGAGCUGUGCGCGCUGCAGAAGGCGGUGGAACUGGAUAAGCCGGAGACCGACAUCGCGGAGCGACCCCGGGCGCGACGGCGAAGGAAGCCGCGCGUGCUCUUCUCGCAGGCGCAGGUCUACGAACUGGAGCGCCGCUUCAAGCAGCAGAGGUACCUGUCGGCCCCCGAGCGCGACCAGCUGGCCAGCGUGCUGAAGCUCACAUCCACGCAGGUCAAGAUCUGGUUCCAGAACCGGCGCUACAAGUGUAAGCGACAGCGGCAGGAUCAGACUCUGGAGCUGGUGGGGCUGCCCCCGCCGCCGCCGCCGCCCGCCCGCAGGAUCGCGGUGCCAGUGCUGGUGCGCGAUGGCAAACCCUGCCUCGGGGACUCGGCGUCCUACGCGCCAGCCUACGGCGUGGGCCUCAACCCCUACGGCUAUAACGCCUACCCCGCCUACCCGGGUUACAGUGGCGCGGCCUGCAGCCCUGGCUACAGUUGCACCGCGGCUUACCCGGCCGGGCCCUCCCCGGCGCAGUCAGCUACCGCUGCGGCCGCUGCCAACAACAAUUUCGUGAACUUCGGCGUCGGGGACUUGAAUGCGGUGCAGAGCCCCGGGAUUCCACAGGGCAACUCGGCAGUGUCUACGCUGCACGGUAUCCGAGCCUGGUAGGGAAGGGACCUACCUGGGGCGCCCGACGGAUCCUAUCUCUAGCGAGGGGUACUGACCCUCGAGGGGAGGGAGGGCUCCGGACGCGUGUCUGCAGCCCUCGGAUUUCACAUUCACUCCCGCAGAGGCAUCGGGGCUUUUCCCGCCCCACGUGCCUUUGUCCCCAUACGGGAGAGUUUGUGGCGGAGUUGCAGUAAAUGGUCCCGCAGUCUGGCCCCUUCGCUGUCGGCCCCAGAGUGCACCCCAACAAGCCGAACAGAGGCCAGUUGGGACUGGGAACCCGUCCGGGCGUGCCAGGACUGAGACCUGGCCUCCUUUCCCCAGCGUGGGCCAGGCGCCCGGACCCUUGCUGCCUUGCCGCUGCCCACCCACCGUAUUUAUGUUUUUACCUGUUGCUGUAAGAAAUGAGAAUCCCCUUCCCAUUAA